GUUGUCAGUGUUGUCGGUGUUGUCAUUGUUGUCACUGUUGUCACUGUUGUCACCGUUGUCACUGUUGUAACCGUUGCCACUGUUGUCACCGUUCUCACUGUUGUCACGGUUGUCACUGUUGUCACAGUUGUCACUAUUGUCAAUGUUGUCACCGUUGUCACUGUUGUCACCGUUGUUACUGUUGUCACCGUUGUCACCGUUGUCACCGUUGUCACUUUUGUCACUGUUGUCACCAUUGUCACCGUUGUCACCGUUGUCAAUUUUGUCACUGUUGUCACCGUUGUCACCGUUGUCACCGUUGUCACCGUUGUCACCGUUGUCACCGUUGUGACCGUUGUCACCAUUGUCACUGGUGUCACCGUCGUCACUGUCACCAAUGUUACUAUUGUCACCGUUGUCACUGUUGUUAGUGUUGUCGGUGUUGUGACUGUUGUGACUGUUGUCACCGUUGUAACAGUUUACACAGUUGUCACCGUUAUCGCUGUUGUGACCGUUGUCACUGUUGUCACACGUGCCACGGUUGUCACAGUUGUCACUGUUGUCACUGUUGUCACCGUUGUCACCGUUGUCACAUCUGUCACUGUUGUCACUGUUGUCACCGCUUUCACCGUUGUCUUCGUGAUCACCGUUGUCAGUGUUGUCGGUGUUGUCAUUGUUGUUCCUGUUGUCACUGUUGUCAACGUUGUCACUGUUGUAACCGUUGCCACUGUUGUCACCGUUCUCACUGUUGUCACGGUUGCCACUGUUGUCACAGUUGUCACUAUUGUCACUGUUGUCACUGUUGUCACCAUUGUCACUGUUUUCACCGUUGUCACUGUUGUCACUGUUGUUACUAGUUGUCACCGUUGUCACCGUUGUCACCGUUGUCACCGUUGUCACUUUUGUCACUGUUGUCACCAUUGUCACCGUUGUCAUCGUUGUCACCGUUGUCACUGUUUUCACCGUUUUCACUGUUGUCACUGUUGUUACUGUUGUCACCGUUGUCACCGUUGUCACCGUUGUCACUUUUGUCACUGUUGUCACCAUUGUCACCGUUGUCACCGUUGUCACCGUUGUCAGUGUUGUUACUGUUGUCACCGUUGUCACCGUUGUCACCGUUGUCACUUUUUUCACUGUUGUCACCAUUGUCACCGUUGUCAUCGUUGUCACCGUUGUCACUGUUGUGACCGUUGUCACCGUUGUUACUGUUGUCACCAUUGUCACUGUUGUCACCAUUGUCACUUUUGUCUCCGUUUUUAUUGUUGUCAGUGUUGUCACUGUUUUUACUGUUGUCACCGCUUUCACCGUUGUCUUCGUGAUCACCGUUGUCAGUGUAAUCGGUGUUGUCAUCGUUGUCACUGUUGUCACUGUUGUCACCCUUGUCACUGUUGUAACCGUUGCCACUGUUGUCACCGUUCUCACUUUUGUCACGGUUGCCACUGUUGUCACAGUUGUCACUGUUGUCAAUGUUGUCACCGUUUUGACCAUUGUCACAGUUGUCACUGUUGUCACUGUUGUCACCAUUGUCACUUUUGUCACUGUUUUCACCGUUGUCACUGUUGUCACUGUUGUUACUGUUGUCACCGUUGUCACCGUUGUCACCGUUGUCACCGUUGUCACUUUUCUCACUGUUGUCACCAUUGUCACCAUUGUCACCGUUGUCACCGUUGUCACCGUUGUCACCGUUGUCACUGUUGUCACCGUUGUCACCGUUGUCACCGUUGUCACUGUUGUCGCCAUUGUCACUGGUGUCACCGUCGUCAUUUCACUGUUGUUACUGUUGUCACCGUUGUGACCAUUGUAACUGUUGUCACUGUUGUUACCGUUCUUAUUGUUGUAACCGCUGUCACCGUUGUCACUUUUGUCACUGUUGUCCCUGUUGUCACCGAUGUCACUGUUGUCACCAAUGUCACUGUUGAAACUGUUGCCACCAUUGUCACCCUUGUUACUAUUGUCACCGUUGUUACUGUUGUCACUGUUGUCACUUUUUUUACCGUUGUCACCAUUGUCACGGUUGCCACCAUUGUCACAGUUGUGAUUGUUGUCACUGUUGUCCCCGUUGUCACACUUGUCACUUUUGUCACUGUUGUCACCAUUGUCACAUUUGUCUCUGUUUUUAUUGUUGUCAAUGUUGUCACUGUUGUUACUGUUGUCACCGCUUUCACCGUUGUCUUCGUGAUCACCGUUGUCAGUGUUGUCGGUGUUGUCAUUGUUGUCACUGUUGUCACUGUUGUCACCGUUGUCACUGUUGUGACCGUUGCCACUGUUGUCACCGUUCUCACUGUUGUCACUGUUGCCACUGUUGUCACAGUUGUCACUAUUGUCAAUGUUGUCACCGUUGUCACCGUUGUCAUCGUUGUCACAGUUGUCACUGUUGUCACUCUUGUCACCAUUGUCACUUUUGUCACUGUUUUCACCGUUGUCACUUUUGUCACUGUUGUUACUGUUGUCACCGUUGUCACCGUUGUCACCGUUGUCACCCUUGUCACUUUUGUCACUGUUUUCACCAUUGUCACCGUUGUCACCGUUGUCACCGUUGUCAAUUUUGUCACUGUUGUCACUGUUGUCACCGUUGUCACUGUUGUCACCGUUGUCACCGUUGUCACCGUUGUCACUGUUGUCACCAUUGUCACUGGUGUCACCGUCGUCACUGUCACCAUUGUCACUAUUGUCACCGUUGUAACCGUUGUUAGUGUUGUCGGUGUUGUGACUGUUGUGACUGUUGUCACCGUUGUAACAGUUUACACAGUUGUCACCGUUAUCACUGUUGUGACCGUUGUCACUGUUGUCACACGUGCCACCGUUGUCACAGUUAUCACUGUUGUCACUGUUGUCACCGUUCUCACCGUUGUCACAUCUGUCACUGUUGUCACUGUUGUCACUGUUGUCACCGUUGUCACCGUUGUCACCGUUGUCACUGUUGUUGAUGUUGUUACCAUUGUCACCGUUGACACCGUUGUCACCGUUGUCAAUUUUGUCACUGUUCUCACCGUUGUCACCGUUGUCACCGUUGUCACUGUUGUCACCAUUGUCACUGGUGUAACCGUCGUCACUGUUUUCACUGUUGUUACCGUUGUCACCGUUGUGACCAUUGUAACUGUUGUCACUGUUGAUACCGUUCUUAUUGUUGUAACCGCUGUCAUCGUUGUAACUUUUGUCACUGUUGUCCCUCUUUUCACCGUUGUCACUGCUGUCACCGUUGUCACUGUUGACACUGUUGCCACCAUUGUCACGGUUGCCACCAUUGUCACAGUUGUCAUUGUUGUCACUGUUGUCACUGUUGUCCCCGUUGUCUCCCUUGUCACUUUUGUCACUGUCACCAUUGUCACUUUUGUCUCUGUUUUUAUUGUUGUCACUAUUGUCACUGUUGUUACUGUUGUCACCGCUUUCACCGUUGUCUUCGUGAUCACCGUUGUCAGUGUUGUCGGUGUUGUCAUUGUUGUCACUGUUGUCACUGUUGUCACCGUUGUCAGUGUUGUAACCGUUGCCACUGUUGUCACCAUUCUCACUGUUGUCACGGUUUCCACUGUUGUCACAGUUGUCACUUUUGUCAAUGUUGUCACCGUUGUCACCGUUGUCACAGUUGUCACUGAUGUCACUGUUGUCACCAUUGUCACUUUUGUCACUGUUUUCACCGUUGUCACUGUUGUCACUGUUGUUACUGUUGUCACCGUUGUCACCGUUGUCACCGUUGUCACCGUUGCCACUUUUGUCACUGUUUUCACCAUUGUCACCGUUGUCACCGUUGUCACUGUUGUCACCGUUGUCACCAAUUGUUAGCGUCGUCAAUGUUGUCACUGUUUUUACCGUUCUCACCGUUGUCACUGUUGUCACUGUUGUUACCGUGAUCACUGUUGUCAUUGUUCUCACUUUUGUCACUGUUGUCACCAAUUCCACCAUUGUCACUGUUUUCACCGUUGUCACCGUUGUCACCAUUGUCACAGGUGUCACUGUUGUCUCUUUUGUCACUGUUCUCACUUUUGUCACUGUUGUCACCAAUUCCACCAUUGUCACCGUUGUCACCAUUGUCACAGGUGUCACUGUUGUCUCUUUUGUCACUGUUCUCGCCGUUGUCACCGUUGUCACCGUUGUCACCGUUGUCACUGUUGUUACUGUUGUUAACGAUUUCACCGUUGUCACUGUUUUCACCGUUGUCACCGUUGUCACCGUUGUCACCGUUGUCACCGUUGUCACCGUUGCCACCGUUGUCACCGUUGUCACUGUUGUCACCGUUGUCACCGUUGUCACUGUUCUCACCAUUGUUACUGUUGUCACCGUUGUCACAGUUGACACUAGUGCACUGUUGUCACUGUUGUCACUAGUGUCACAGUUCUCACUGUUGACAAUGUUUUCACUGUUUUCACUGUUGUUACUGUUGUCACUGUUCCCCAAUGUUCUCACUGUUGUCACUGUUCCCCAACGUUAUCACUGUUGUCACUGUUGUUACGGUUCACCGUUGUCACUGUUGACACCUUUGUCACUGUUGUCACUGUUGUCACCGUUGUCACUGUUGUCUCUGAUGUCACUGUUGUCACCGUUAUCACGGUUGCCACCGUUGUCACCAUCGCCACAGUUGUCACAGUUGUCACUGUUGUCACUGUUGUCACUGUUGUCCCCGUUGUCACACUUGUCACUUUUGUCACUGUUGUCACCAUUUUCACUUUUGUCAAUGUUUUCAUUGUUGUCACUUUUGUCACUGUUGUUAGCGUUUUCACUGCUGUCACCAUUGUCAGUGUAGUCGGUGUUGUCAUUGUUGUCACUCAUGUCACAUUUGUCACCGUUGUCACUGUUGUCACGGCUGCCACCGUUGUUACAGUUGUCACUGUUGUCACCGUUGUCACUGUUGGUCAUCGUUGUGACAGUUAUCACAGUUGUCACUGUUGUCACCAUUGUCACUGUUGUCAGCGUUGUCACUGUUGUAAGCGUUGCCACUGUUGUCACCGUUGUCACUGUUGUCACGAUUGCCACUGUUCUCACAGUUGUCACAGUUGUCACUGUUGUCACUGUUGUCACCAUUGUCACUUUUGUCACUGUUUUCACCGUUGUCACUGUUGUCACUGUUGUUACUGUUGUCACCGUUGUCACCGUUGUCACUUUUGUCACUGUUGUCACUGUUGUCACCAUUGUCACCAUUGUCACCGUUGUCACCGUUGUCACUGUUGUUACUGUUGUCACCGUUGUCAUCGUUGUCACCGUUGUCACUGUUGUCACCAUUGUCACUGUUGUCACCAUUGUCACUUUUGUCUCUGUUUUUAUUGUUGUCAGUGUUGUCACUGUUUUUACUGUUGUCACCGCUUUCACCGUUGUCUUCGUGAUCACCGCUGUCAGUGUUAUCGGUGUUGUCAUUGUUGUCACUGUUGUCACUGUUGUAACCGUUGCCACCGUUGUCACCGUUCUCACUUUUGUCACGGUUGCCACUGUUGUCACAGUUGUCACUGUUGUCAAUGUUGUCACCGUUGUCACCGUUGUCACAGUUGUCACUGUUGUCACUGUUGUCACCAUUGUCACUUUUGUCACUGCUUUCACCGUUGUCACUGUUGUCACUGUUGUUACUGUUGUCACCGUUGUCACCGUUGUCACCUUUGUCACUUUUCUCACUGUUGUCACCAUUCUCACCGUUGUCACCGUUGUCACUGUUGUCACCGCUGUCACCGUUGUGACCAUUGUAACUGUUGUCACUGUUGUUACCAUUCUUAUUGUUGUAACCGCUCUCACCGUUGUCACUUUUGUCACUGUUGUCCCUGUUGUCACCGUUGUCACUGUUGUCACCGUUGCCACUGUUGAAACUGUUGCCACCGUCACCGUUGUUACUAUUGUCACCGUUGUUAUUGUUGUCACUGUUGUCACUUUUUUUACCGUUGUCACCAUUGUCACGGUUGCCACCAUUGUCACAGUUGUGAUUGUUGUCACUGUUGUCCCCGUUGUCACACUUGUCACUUUUGUCUCUGUUGUCACCAUUGUCACUUUUGUCUCUGUUUUUAUUGUUGUCACUGUUGUCACUGUUGUUACUGUUGCCACCGCUUUCACCGUUGUCUUCGUGAUCACCGUUUUCAGUGUUGUCGGUGUUGUCAUUGUUGUCACUGUUGUCACCGUUGUCACUGUUGUAACCGUUGCCACUGUUGUCAGCGUUCUCACUGUUGUCACGGUUGCCACUGUAGUCACAGUUGUCACUAUUGUGAAUGCUGUCACCGUUGUCACCAUUGUCACCGUGUCACCGUUGUCACAGUUGUCACUGUUGUCACUGUUGUCACCAUUGUCACAGUUGUCACUAUUGUCAAUGUUGUCACCGUUGUCACAGUUGUCACUGUGAUCACCGUUUUCACCGUUGUCACUUUUUUCACUGUUGUCACCAUUGUCACCGUUAACACAGUUGUCACCGUUGUCAAUUUUGUCACUGUUGUCACCGUUGCCACCGUUGUCACCGUUGUCACUGUUGUCAAUGUUGUGACAAUGGUGACAACGGUAAAAAAUACCGUUGUCACCAUUGUCACGGUUGCCACCAUUGUCACAGUUGUGAUUGUUGUCACUGUUGUCACCAUUGUCACUUUUGUCUGUGUUUUUAUUGUUGUCACUGUUGUCACUGUUGUCACCGCUUUCACCGUUGUCUUCGUGAUCACCGUUGUCAGUGUUGUCGGUGUUGUCAUUGUUGUCACUGUUGUUACUGUUGUCAUCGUUGUCACUGUUGUAACCGUUGCCACUGUUGUCACCGUUCUCACUGUUGUCACGGUUGCCACGGUUGUCACAGCUGUCACUAUUGUCAAUGUUGUCACCUUUGUCACUGUUGUCACCGUUGUUACUGUUGUCACCGUUGUCACCGUUGUCACCGUUGUCACCGUUGUCACUGUUGUCACCAUUGUCAAUGGUGUCACCGUCGUCACUGUCAAAAAUGUUACUAUUGUCACCGUUGUCACCGUUGUUAGUGUUGUCGGUGUUGUGACUGUUGUGACUGUUGUCACCGUUUUAACAGUUGUCACCGUUAUCACUGUUGUGACCGUUGUCACUGUUGUCACACGUGCCACCGUUUUCACAGUUGUCACUGUUGUCACUGUUGUCACCGUUGUCACCGUUGUCACAUCUGUCACUGUUGUCACUGUUGUCACUGUUGUCACCGCUUUCACCGUUGUCUUCGUGAUCACCGUUGUCAGUGUUGUCGGUGUUGUCAUUGUUGUCACUGUUGUCACUGUUGUCAACGUUGUCACUGUUGUAACCGUUCCCACUGUUGUCACCGUUCACACUGUUGUCACGGUUGCCAGUGUUGUCACAGUUGUCACUAUUGUCACUGUCGUCACUGUUUUCACCAUUGGCACUGUUUUCAUCGUUGUCACUGUUGUCACUGUUGUUACUGUUGUCACCGUUGUCACCGUUGUCACCGUUGUCACUUUUGUCACUGUUGUCACCAUUGUCACCGUUGUCAUCGUUAUCACCGUUCUCACUGUUUUCACCAUUGUCACUGUUGUCACUGUUGUUACUGUUGUCACCGUUGUCACCGUUGUCACCGUUGUCACCGUUGUCACCGUUGUCACUGUUGUCACCAUUGUCACCAUUGUCACCGUUGUCACCGUUGUCACUGUUGUCACUGUUGUCACCGUUGUCACCGUUGUCACCGUUGUCACUUUUUUCACUGUUGUCACCAUUGUCACCGUUGUCAUCGUUGUCACCGUUGUCACUGUUGUGACCGUUGUCACCGUUGUUACUGUUGUCACCAUUGUCACUGUUGUCACCAUUGUCACUUUUGUCUCUGUUUUUAUUGUUGUCAGUGUUUUCACUGUUUUUACUGUUGUCACCGCUUUCACCGCUGUCUUCGUGAUCACCGUUGUCAGUGUUAUCGGUGUUGUCAUCGUUGUCACUGUUGUCACUGUUGUCACCGUUGUCACUGUUGUAACCGUUGCAACUGUUGUCACCGUUCUCACUUUUGUCAUGGUUGCCACUGUUGUCACAGUUGUCACUGUUGUCAAUGUUGUCACCGUUUUCACCACUGUCACAGUUGUCACUGUUGUCACUGUUGUCACCAUUGUCACUUUUGUCACUGUUGUUACUGUUGUCACCGUUGUCACCGUUGUCACUUUUCUCACUGUUGUAACCAUUGUCACCGUUGUCACUUUUGUCACUCUUGUCACCAUUUUCACCGUUCUCACCGUUGUCACCGUUGUCACUGUGGUCACCGUUGUCGCCGUUGUUACUGUUGUCACCAUUGUCACUUUUGUCACUGUUGUUACUGUUGUCACCGUUGUCACCGUUGUCACUUUUCUCACUGUUGUCACCAUUGUCACCGUUGUCACUUUUGUCACUGUUGUCACCAUUGUCACCGUUCUCACUGUUGUCACCGUUGUCACCAUUGUCACGGUUGUCACCGUUGUCACUGUUGAAACUUUUGCCACCGUUUUACCGUUGUCACUAUUGUCACCAAUUGUUAGCGUCGUCAAUGUUGUCACUGUUUUUACCGUUCUCACCGUUGUCACUGUUGUCACUCUUGUUACCGUGAUCACUGUUGUCACUGUUCUCCCUUUUGUCACUGUUGUCACCAAUGCCACCAUUGUCACUGUUGUCACCGUUGUCACCGUUGUCACCGUUGUCACCGUUGUCACAGUUGUCACCGUUGUCUCUUUUGUCACUGUUGUCACUGUUGUCACCGUUGUCACCGUUGUCACCGUUUUCACUCUUUUCACUAUUGUCACCAUUGUCACCGUUGUCAUCGUUGUCACCGUUGUCACUGUUGUGACCGUUGUCACCGUUGUUACUGUUGUCACCAUUUUCACUGUUGUCACCAUUGUCACUUUUGUCUUUGUUUUUAUUGUUGUCACUGUUGUCACUGUUGUUACUGUUGUCACCGCUUUCACCGUUGUCUUCGUGAUCACCGUUGUCAGUGUUAUCGGUGUUGUCAUUGUUGUCACUGUUGUCACUGUUGUCACCGUUGUCACUGUUGUAACCGUUGCCACUGUUGUCACCGUUCUCACUGUUGUCACGGUUUCCACUGUUGUCACAGUUGUCACUGUUGUCAAUGUUGUCACCGUUGUCACCGUUGUCACAGUUGUCACUGAUGUCACUGUUGUCACCAUUGUCACUUUUGUCACUGUUUUCACCGUUGUCACUGUUGUCACUGUUGUUACUGUUGUCACCGUUCUCACCGUUGUCACCGUUGUCACUUUUGUCACUGUUGUCACCGUUGUCACCGUUGUCACUGUUGUCACCGUUGUCACUGUUGUCACCGUUGUCACUGUUGAAACUUUUGCCACCGUUUUACCGUUGUCACUAUUGUCACCAAUUGUUAGCGUCGUCAAUGUUGUCACUGUUUUUACCGUUCUCACCGUUGUCACUGUUGUCACUGUUGUUACCGUGAUCACUGUUGUCACUGUUGUCACCGUUGGUCAUCGUUUGUCACAGUUAUCACAGUUGUCACUGUUGUCACCAUUGUCACUGUUGUCACCGUUGUCACUGUUGUAAGCGUUGCCACUGUUGUCACCGUUGUCACUGUUGUCACAGUUGCCACUGUUGUCACAGUUGUCACUGUUGUCACUGUUGUCACUGUUGUCACCAUUGUCACUUUUGUCACUGUUUUCACCGUUGUCACUGUUGUCACUGUUGUUACCGUUGUCACCGUUGGCACCGUUGUCACUUUUGUCACUGUUGUCACCAUUGUCACCAUUGUCACCAUUGUCACCGUUGUCACCGUUGUCACUGUUGUUACUGUUGUCACCGUUGUCACCGUUGUCACUUUUGUCACUGUUUUCACCAUUGUCACCGUUGUCAUCGUUGUCACCGUUGUCACUGUUGUGACCGUUGUCACCGUUGUUACUGUUGUCACCAUUGUCACUGUUGUCACCAUUGUCACUUUUGUCUCUGUUUUUAUUGUUGUCAGUGUUGUCACUGUUUUUACUGUUGUCACCGCUUUCACCGUUGUCUUCGUGAUCACCGCUGUCAGUGUUAUCGGUGUUGUCAUUGUUGUCACUGUUGUCACUGUUGUCAAUGUUGUCACCGUUGUCACUGUUGUCACAGUUGUCACUGUUGUCACUGUUGUCACCAUUGUCACUUUUGUCACUGUUUUCACCGUUGUCACUGUUGUCACUGUUGUUACUGUUGUCACCGUUGUCACCGUUGUCACUUUUCUCUGUUGUCACCAUUGUCACCGUUGUCACCGUUGUCACUGUUGUCACCGCUGUCACCGUUGUCACCGUUGUCAUUGUUGUCACUGUUGUCACCAUUGUCACUGGUGUCAUGGUCGUCACCGUUUUCACUGAUGUUACCGUUGUCAUCGUUGUGACCAUUGUAACUGUUGUCACUGUUGUUACCGUUCUUAUUGUUGUAACCGCUGUCACCGUUGUCACUUUUGUCACUGUUGUCCGUGUUGUCACCGUUGUCACUGUUGUCACCGUUGUCACUGUUGAAACUGUUGCCACCAUUGUCACCGUUGUUACUAUUGUCACCGUUGUUAUUGUUGUCACUGUUGUCACUUUUUUUACCGUUGUCACCAUUGUCACGGUUGCCACCAUUGUCACAGUUGUGAUUGUUGUCACUGUUGUCCCCGUUGUCACACUUGUUACUUUUGUCACUGUUGUCACCAUUGUCACUUUUGUCUCUUUUUUUAUUUUUGUCACUGUUGUCACUGUUGUAACCGUUGCCACUGUUGUCACCGUUCUCACUGUUGUCACGGUUGCCAAUGUUGUCACAGUUGUCACUAUUGUCAAUGUUGUCACCGUUGUCACCCUUGUCACCGUUGUCACCGUUGUCACAGUUGUCACUGUUGUCACUGUUGUCACCAUAGUCACAGUUGUCACUAUUGUCAAUGUUGUCACCGUUGUCACCGUUGUCACCGUUGUCACAGUUGUCACUGUGAUCACCGUUGUCACGGUUGCCACUGUUGUCACAGUUGUCACUGUUGUCAAUGUUGUCACCGUUUUCACCGUUGUCACAGUUGUCACUGUCGUCACUGUUGUCACCAUUGUCACUUUUGUCACUGUUGUUACUGUUGUCACCGUUGUCACCGUUGUCACUUUUCUCACUGUUGUCACCAUUGUCACCGUUGUCACCGUUGUCACCGUUGUCACUGUUGUCACCGUUGUCACCGUUGUCACCGUUGUCACCGUUGUCACCGUUGUCACCGUUGUCACUUUUGUCACUGUUGUCACCAUUGUCACCGUUGUCAUCGUUGUCACCGUUGUGACUGUUUUCACCGUUGUCACUGUUGUUACGGUUGCCACUGUUGUCACAGUUGUCACUGUUGUCACUGUUGUCACCAUUGUCACUUUUGUCACUGUUUUCACCGUUGUCACUGUUGUCCCUGUUGUCACCGUUGUCACUGUUGUCACCGUUGUCACUGUUGACACUGUUGCCACCAUUGUCACCGUUGUUACUAUUGUCACCGUUGUUACUGUUGUCACUGUUGUCACUUUUUUUACCGUUUUCACCGUUGUCACGGUUGCCACCAUUGUCACAGUUGUCACUGUUGUCACUGUUGUCCCCGUUGUCACACUUGUCACUUUUGUCACUGUUGUCACCAUUGUCACUUUUGUCACUGUUUUUAUUGUUGUCACUGUUGUCACUGUUGUUACUGUUGUCACCGCUUUCACCGUUGUCUUCGUGAUCACCGUUGUCAGUGUUGUCGGUGUUGUCAUUGUUGUCACUGUUGUAAGCGUUGCCACUGUUGUCACCGUUGUCACUGUUGUCACAGUUGUCACUGUUGUCACUGUUGUCACUGUUGUCACCAUUGUCACUUUUUUCACUGUUUUCACCGUUGUCACUCUUGUCACUGUUGUUACUGUUGUCACCGUUGUCACCGUUGUCACUUUUGUCACUGUUGUCACCAUUGUCACCAUUGUCACCGUUGUCACCAUUGUCAAAGUUGUUACUGUUGUCACUGUUGUCACCAUUGUCACCGUUGUCAUCGUUGUCACCGUUGUCACUGUUGUGACCGUUGUCACCGUUGUUACUGUUGUCACCAUUGUCACUUUUGUCUCUGUUUUUAUUGUUGUUAGUGUUUUCACUGUUUUUACUGUUGUCACCGCUUUCACCGUUGUCUUCGUGAUCACCGUUGUCAGUGUUAUCGGUGUUGUCAUUGUUGUCACUGUUGUCACUGUUGUCACCGUUGUCACUGUUGUAACCGUUGCCACUGUUGUCACCGUUCUCACUUUUGUCACGGUUGCCACUGUUGUCACAGUUGUCACUGUUGUCAAUGUUGUCACCGUUGUCACCGUUGUCACAGUUGUCACUGUUGUCACUGUUGUCACCAUUGUCACUUUUGUCACUGUUUUCACCGUUGUCACUGUUGUCCCUGUUGUCACCGUUGUCACUGUUGUCACCGUUGUCACUGUUGAAACUGUUGCCACCAUUGUCACCGUUGUUACUAUUGUCACCGUUGUUACUGUUGUCACUGUUGUCACUUUUUUUACAGUUGUCACCGUUGUCACGGUUGCCACCAUUGUCACAGUUGUCCCUGUUGUCACUGUUGUCCCCGUUGUCACCCUUGUCACUUUUGACACUGUUGUCACCAUUGUCACUUUUGUCACUGUUUUUAUUGUUGUCACUGUUGUCACUGUUGUUACUGUUGUCACCGCUUUCACCGUUGUCUUCGUGAUCACCGUUGUCAGUGUUGUCGGUGUUGUCAUUGUUGUCACUGUUGUCACUGUUGUCACCGUUGUCACUGUUGUGACCGUUGCCACUGUUGUCACCGUUCUCACUGUUGUCACUGUUGUCACUGUUGUCACUGUUGUCACUGUUGUCACUGUUGUCACUAUUGUCACUGUUGUCACUGUUGUCACCGUUGUCACCGUUGUCACUGUUGUCACUGUUGUCACCUUGUCACCAUUGUCACUUUUGUCACUGUUUUUUCACUUUUGUCACUUUUGUCACUGUUGUUACUGUUGUCACCGUUGUCACCGUUGUCACCGUUGUUUUUGUCACCGUUGUCACUGUUGUCACCAUUGUCACCGUUGUCACCGUUGUCACUUGUUGUCAAUGUUGUCACCGUUGUCACCGUUGUUACCGUUGUCACCGUUGUCACUGUUGUCACCAUUGUCACUGGUGUCACCGUCGUCACUGUCACCAUUGUCACUAUUGUCACCGUUGUCACCGUUGUUAGUGUUGUCGGUGUUGUGACUGUUGUGACUGUUGUCACCCUUUUCACUUUUGUCACUGUUGUCACCAUUGUCACCGUUGUCACCGUUGUCAAUUUUGUCACUGUUGCCACCAUUGUCACCGUUGUUACUAUUGUCACCGUUGUUACUGUUGUCACUGUUGUCACUUUUUUUACAGUUGUCACCGUUGUCACGGUUGCCACCAUUGUCACAGUUGUCCCUGUUGUCACUGUUGUCCCCGUUGUCACCCUUGUCACUUUUGACACUGUUGUCACCAUUGUCACUUUUGUCACUGUUUUUAUUGUUGUCACUGUUGUCACUGUUGUUACUGUUGUCACCGCUUUCACCGUUGUCUUCGUGAUCACCGUUGUCAGUGUUGUCGGUGUUGUCAUUGUUGUCACUGUUGUCACUGUUGUCACCGUUGUCACUGUUGUCACCGUUGCCACCUGUUGUCACUGUUGUCACCGUUGUCACUGUUGUCACUGUUGUCACUGUUGUCACUAUUGUCACUGUUGUCACCGUUGUCACCGUUGUCAUCGUUGUCACAGUUGUCACUGUUGUCACUCUUGUCACCAUUGUCACUUUUGUCACUCUUUUCACCGUUGCCACUUUUGUCACUGUUGUUACUGUUGUCACCGUUGUCACCGUUGUCACCCUUUUCACUUUUGUCACUGUUGUCACCGUUGUCACCGUUGUCACCGUUGUCAAUUUUGUCACUGUUGUCACCGUUGUCACCGUUGUCACCGUUGUCACCGUUGUCACUGUUGUCACCAUUGUCACUGGUGUCACCGUCGUCACUGUCACCAUUGUCACUAUUGUCACCGUUGUCACCGUUGUUAGUGUUGUCGGUGUUGUGACUGUUGUGACUGUUGUCACCGUUGUAACAGUUUACACAGUUGUCACCGUUAUCACUGUUGUGACCGUUGUCACUGUUGUCACACGUGCCACCGUUGUCACAGUUGUCACUGUUGUCACUGUUGUCACCGUUCUCACCGUUGUCACAUCUGUCACUGUUGUCACUGUUGUCACUGUUGUCACCGUUGUCACCGUUGUCACCGUUGUCACUGUUGUUGCUGUUGUUACCAUUGUCACCGUUGACACCGUUGUCACCGUUGUCAAUUUUGUCACUGUUCUCACCGUUGUCACCGUUGUCACCGUUGUCACUGUUGUCACCAUUGUCACUGGUGUAACCGUCGUCACUGUUUUCACUGUUGUUACCGUUGUCACCGUUGUGACCAUUGUAACUGUUGUCACUGUUGAUACCGUUCUUAUUGUUGUAACCGCUGUCACCGUUGUCACCAUUGUCACAUUUGUCUCUGUUUUUAUUGUUGUCACUCUUGUCACUGUUGUUACUGUUGUCACCGCUUUCACCGUUGUCUUCGUGAUCACCGUUGUCAGUGUUGUCGGGUUGUCAUUGUUGUCACUGUUGUCACUGUUGUCAACGUUGUCACUGUUGUAACCGUUGCCACUGUUGUCACCGUUCUCACUGUUGUCACUGUUGCCACUGUUGUCACAGUUGUCACUAUUGUCAAUGUUGUCACCGUUGUCACCGUUGUCAUCGUUGUCACAGUUGUCACUGUUGUCACUCUUGUCACCAUUGUCACUUUUGUCACUGUUUUCACCGUUGUCACUUUUGUCACUGUUGUUACUGUUGUCACCGUUGUCACCGUUGUCACUCUUGUCACUUUUGUCAGUGUUGUCACCAUUGUCACCGUUGUCACCGUUGUCACCGUUGUCAAUUUUGUCACUGUUGUCACCGUUGUUACUGUUGUCACCAUUGUCACUGUUGUCACUAUUGUCACUGGUGUCAACGUCGUCACUGUCACCAUUGUCACUAUUGUCACCGUUGUCACCGGUGUUAGUGUUGUCGGUGUUGUGACUGUUGUGACUGUUGUCACCGUUGGAACAGUUAAGACAGUUGUCACCGUUAUCACUGUUGUGGCCGCUGUCACUGUUGUCACACAUGCCACCGCUGUCACAGUUGUCACUGUUGUCACUGUUGUCACCGUUGUCACCGUUGUCACUGUUGUCACUGUUGUUACUGUUGUUACCAUUGUCACCGUUGACACCGUUGUCACCGUUGUCAAUUUUGUCACUGUUCUCACCGUUGUCACCGUUGUCACCGUUGUCACUGUUGUCACCAUUGUCACUGGUGUCACCGUCGUCACUGUUUUCACUGUUGUUACCGUUGUCACCGUUGUGACCAUUGCAACUGUUGUCACUGUUGUUACCGUUCUUUUUGUUGUAACCGCUGUCACCGUUGUCACUUUUGUCACUGUUGUCCCUCUUGUCACCGUUGUCACUGUUGUCACCGUUGUCACUGUUGACACUGUUGCCACCAUUGUCACCGUUGUUACUAUUUUCACCGUUGUUACUGUUGUCACUGUUGUCACUUUUUUUACCGUUGUCACCAUUGUCGCGGUUGCCACCAUUGUCACAGUUGUCAUUGUUGUCACUGUUGUCACUGUUG